AUGGAGGAUACAAAAGCCUUGGAGGCAGCUCUUGAGCCCGAAGGCGUGAUCGAUACCGAUGAGAACAUGCAGCAACGAUGCCUGGUCUUGAGCAAGCUCAACGAACUUGUGCAGGCCUGGGUCAAGAAAGCUAGCAAGGAAGAGUACAAUUUUGAAGAGGAGGCCGCCAAUCAAGUGGAUGCCCGCCUGUUCACCUUUGGCUCAUACCGCCUUGGCGUACAAAGCCGCUAUGACAUGUCUAGCAUCCAAUUGUUCCAAAUGCAAUUCUCACGCGAUGCGGGUGAUAUUGAUACGCUGUUGUGCUUUCCACAUCAUAUUAAGCGCGAGAGUUUUUUUGGCACGUUUUAUCAGCUGCUCAAGGAGACGCCAGGCGUCACUGAUUUACAUGCGGCCGAAGGCGCUUUUGUACCUGUGAUCAAACUGGCCAUGGAUGGCGUCGAGCUUGAUCUUUUGUUUGCGUCUCUGCCCGUGGAUCGUCUCGAGCCCACCUUGUCCUUGCAAGACGUGGAUCUGCUCAAAAAGAUCCACGAAGACGAGAUUAUGCGAAGCAUCAACGGCUGCCGAGUGGCAGAUGCGGUGUUGGAGGUGAUGCCAAGCAAUCUUCAAACCUUUCGCACUGCCCUGCGUGCCGUCAAGUUAUGGGCAAAACACAAUCUCACUCGAUCGAACCAAACCGUUCGCACCUCAGGCCGUGGUGUUUACUCCAACGUCCACGGCUACUUUGGUGGUAUUCAUUUGGUUAUUCUCGUGACGCGCAUCUGCCAGCUUUAUCCCAACGCUGCCGCCUCGACAAUCCUGUGCAAAUUUUUCCGCGUGUACUCUGAUUGGUAUGGCUCAAACUGGAUCAAACACGCGCGUGAGAUUUGGCUCGCUCAUGGGGAAUGGAUGAACUCGCCCAUCAAAAUCAAGGAUGUGGAUGACCUUCACCUGGGCAAACGGCAAUGGGACCCUCGGAGCAAUCCGCGGGAUCGAUAUGACUUGAUGCCCAUCAUCACACCCGUCUACCCGCAACAGAAUGCCGCCUUCAACGUGAACGAGUCGACACUACACCGCAUUGUGACAGAGUUUUCUCGGGGCCAUCGUGUGUGUCAAGACAUCAUGCGGGCCUCGAGCAAUGUCCCAUGGUCAGCCGUGUGGGAACCCAUUCGCUUCUUCGACGAGUAUCAGUAUUUUGUCCGUGUGGUAGCCUCUGCUGCCACUGAGAGCGACCGCACGGAGUUUGAGGGCCUGGUCGAGUCCACAGUUCGCCAUCUUGUUCUCAACCUACAGUACACGGAUAACGUCGCCUACGCCAUGGCUUACCCCAAGGCUUAUCAUGAAGACCCUGUUGCCGACAAGGACGGCACGGAGGCGACAACCGGCCCGUGGCGCACGGCGUGGUACCUGGCGCUUGAGUUUGGUAUCAAACAAGAGGGGCGCAUCGAGCCUGCGCCUAGCAAGCUAGAUCUGCAAGGACCGCUAGUGGCCUUUUACGGCCGCCUUCGGGAUCGCACCGUGACCAUGUCUAGGUACGAUGAGACGACAAUGAACGUCGAUGUACAAGCCAUGAAACAGAGCAAGUUGCCGGGCUAUCUCUAUCCGGGUGGUGUCAACCCGCAUCGCAAGGUUCGCCUGAGAAAACGCACGCCAUUCGGGUGCCCUCGCUUCCUGUUUGACUCUAGUACCCAUGCGCCACCCGCUCAUCGCCUACAUUUCUGUGACCGGCAUGUGUACGGGGGCGUUGCUGUCUGGAACAUGCAGAAGCGCUCGAAGAAGAAUCAGAGUGGCGAAGACGAUGCCACAGCUGCGGCCAAGCGUGCGGCACUAGCGCAAUAG